AUCUUACGGUCGGGCCCCACGUUCCAUUCAUCUGGAAGCAAGUUUUGUACCCUAUGAUCCAGAUAUCUUACCAGGUGAUGAAGAGAAAACACUGGUUAGUCGGCCAUACUUCCACAUUUACUGGACAGAUUGUGAUGUGGAGGCUUACAAGCAAACAGUCAGAGAUGACAUCACAGAGUGGCAGUCUGCACUCAAAGCCAGGAACAUUCCUGAUUGGCUCAUUGUUAUAGUUUCUACUGAUGAGAGCAAGGUCAAAGCAAAGCUGCUACCCAGGGCUUCAGUACUUGACAAGGUCAAAGGUGACUUCUGCAGCAAAUAUCCUGAAAGAUGUAUUGUGCUGACAGACCCAAACAAGUUGGACUCCAAAUCUUCAGAGUCCUGGUCACAGUUGUUCCAGAGACUCCGGAACUUGUUACUGCAAGCAUUUGAUCGACACCUAAACAGAUAUGAAGAAACUAUGAGAAGUAAACGCGAGAAGAGAAAUGAGCCUGGCUGGAACUACUUUUCUUAUUUCAUUUUCCAGGAGGAGCUGGCAUUCAUGCUAGAGAUGCUGGGUCUCAAAGAAGAUGCCCUGAUACAGUAUGAUGAGCUGGACGCCAUGUUUGAUCAGUUUGUGGAGAACUUUGCCAAUGGAGACACCGUCCAGUGGCUAACCCCUCUUGUGAAGCCCAGUCUCUGCUGGUCCGGAGUCUCACUGGCCAGGUCUCUGGACCUGGAGCUGAGGGAUGCAGUCAAGCAAAACACUGCUAGCUUGCUAGAGUUCAGGAACUAUCUCUUCUCUAGACAGGCAACUUUGCUGUUCCAGAUGGGAAGAGCCUGGGAGGUGGCCCAGCGAGCACAGAACUAUCUCUACAACACUGUGGUUGAAAUGAGGGCACUUGAGGUUGAGGUCCCUAAAGGAGCCAUGUGCUGCUGGGUAUUUCUCAGCUGCCUGGAGAUUCUGCGAGCUUGUGAGGAGCACCAUGUGUCUCAACUGGAUGAGAAGUUUGCUCUCUUUACUGCCAACUUGUGGGAUUAUGCACAUAAAAAGCUACGAGAACUGGGACAUCUAUGUAGCUUGAUGCCUGGUCUGGUGCCCACAUCAGAACAGCUGAGUCUGGUUGUUGAUUUGGUCUCAGGAAUGAGGUUUUCAGAAGAAAGUUUAUCACCUACACACCAGAAGCCGGCUGAUAAACUCAGAGAGUCUCUGUCAUCUCCAGAAUCAUUCAAGCGGCACUAUUUGGAUAUGUGCGAACAGGCAAUGGGGACAUACAAGUACAUAGGCAGGUUCCGAUCUGCUCGUAUGAUUGGACUGGAACUAGCAGAGUUUUAUAUGAAAAUCAAAGAACCGCAGAAAGCCGAGAACUUUCUGCUGGAUUCCAUCAAGAUGUACCAACAGGAAGGUUGGCUUUAUCUGGCUGAUGGGACCAUGGUUCAGUUAGCAGAAUGUCAGAAGUGUCUGCACAAUCCUGGAAAUUACCUAAAGACAGCAUGCCAUAUUGCCUGUAGCACCCACCUGUCCCUGGAUGUUCGUCUCCAGUACUUUGAGGAAACCAUGAAGACUCUCAACCUCAUCUCAGAUGAGUCAAGUGACCGAUAUGAGAUGAGGGCCUCCCAGAUAUUCUUCAUUGAGAGCAUCACACUUGGCCGAGUGUCAGUCACACUAAAUGACCACCAGUCUGUCACGGUUGAGCUGUACAGCAAUUUUCCACAACCGGUCACCUUCAACUCUCUGCAGAUUUCUAUAAAGAAAUGCACAGAGUCUGAAGCUCUAGAGUUUGUUCAGCAGCAGCAGCCACAUGUGGCUAAACACAAGCGACAGCCCAGUGGGACACACAUUGCUUCUGAUAAAAUUGCCAAUUUCCAGCCGGUGACCAGGCAGCUGCCCAGUCAGAUCGACUUCCACAUCACCAUAGAACGCAACAACAAAAGGCUGAUCGCUUGUGGCAUCGGAUGUGAGAACGCCCACAAGUUGCUGAAGCGGGCAGACAGUAUUCCCUCCAGCAGUACCCCAACUGUGUGCAAAGAUGACUACACCCACAGCUUCAGCCUGCCUUCAGUAACCCUACAGCCAGGCCACAAUUCUGUGACACUUUCAACACAGAUGAUGGAGAAGGGUGUAUUUCACUUGGGGCAGAUGUGUUUGAGCAUGAAGUCCCUGGACCUGCUAAAACCCCUAACAUCUGUAGGUGCCUCUUUCAAGGUGGUUAGCAUUCUACCCGAGUUCACCUUGAAGCCAGUGGACACAGAACACUUCCUGUCAGGAAUAGAGCAGGCAGCAAUGCUCAUCUGUAAAUCUGGCAGCUCCAGUUUGAAUGAGGAAUCAACCUUGUCAUUCUCAACUUCUCCUUACUUCAGUAUUUCCUCAAGGGAGGAUGGUAAAGAUGUUGUACUCAGCCCUCUGUCUGCCCACAGCACUGUGGAGGUGCCAGUUCUGGUCUACUCCAGCUUGAAGAAUGAACACAACCACAGUGUUGUUAGUAAGUUAGGUGUGACAGUAGACAAGUGGCAGAAAACUUUCUCUCAAAAUGUUGAGUUCAUUCAACCAUUCCAGGCAACACAUCGAGUGUACACAUCAGGAAAGCAGAAGUACAUACAGGUGAUUAUACAAGGAAAUGCCAGUGCCACAUUCACAUUGUCUGAACCCAGACUAGAAGCCCCAGAGUGUCGGGACGUGGAGCUGGUUCUCUUGAACAAAUCUGACCAAAUCUUGCUGGUCAACCAUCACCAGAAUGUUUCAUUGUUAUGGCAACUGAACAGCAACAUUCCACUACUUCCUAUUCUAGACCUUACCUUCACAUGUUCUUACUCAUGUCCCUUGGAUGCGAACCCCCAGCCACACGAGUUUGACUACAGCUGCAGUAUCCAGAACUUUCAGACCCAGUACCUGCUGCUGUAUACAGUCUCCAGUAUAGAAGAGGACAAGGCCUGUACUACAGGAGAGACGGCCAUCCUGGAAAUUAAGAUAAGACAGCUGCUGGACCUAGAUCUUGCAGACACUGCCAAACUGGCAUAUUGCGUCAAGGCCAAUGGAAAUGUCUGGGCUAUUGGUGGCAAGUCAUCAGGAGUUUUUACAAUGAAGGAAGGCAAACACAGCAUUGUGUUGGAUGUGGUGCCACUGCAGGCUGGACAUCUGCACUUUCCCAUGGUGACCAUAUACAAGUACCUUGAUCAAAUUGAAGACCACACGGCUGAUGAUGAUGGAGAACUAGCAGACUCUGACAAUGACUCAGCCCCACUGCAGCCUGUACCAAAGACUCAACGGACAGUGUCCCAGCUGUCGGCGUCAUCUCACUUCGCCUCCCAUCUUGUUGAGUUCAGCCCAGGUCAAGUGUACAAUGAAAGCAAAAACCAACAGGUCCAUGUUUAUCCUUGUCAGACAACUGGCGACAUUGAAGUUUCUAUUGUACAGUAA